UGCACCAUUAGAACAGAUGCGUUCCAGUUUCUCAGUCUCUCUCUCUGUCAGCGUUCACUUCCUUUCACUCCUCCCUCCCUCUCGAGUUCUCUCCUCCUCUACAUCCUCGAUCUCUCAGCAGCAGCAGUUUGUGUCCUGAGAGAACUGGCACUAAACUGACGCAUCCAUGGGGCGCGCGCAGCAUCUUUAUUUCACCACAUUACAAUUUGAAGUCAUAUAGGGGAAAUAUUCACGUCAACGCAGCAAACACACAUUAGAGUCGUUCGGCGUUUCAUCUUCCGGCUUAAAGUUCUCAGUCGCACUAUAUCUCUCUGGGUUUGUGACAUUUGUAGCUGUGUUGAGCUGCGGCGAUGGAUGGGGAUUCGUGUGUUCGCGUGUGGACUCGACCGCUGCAAGUGAUGCUCCAGCAGAAGAAGAUCAAAGCGCGGAGGAAAAAGCGUAAGGACUUGUUCGGAGGACAGAUGUGCUUCAUGGGGCUGCUGCUCCUGGCGUUGUCCUGCUUGUCCAGUUUGGCCGAGAAUGCCGGUUAUGGCAUCUCCAGUCUCUCAGAUGAAGAUAGUGAGAGGUGGGAAAGCCGCAGGCUGCUGCAGGACUCUGACAUUGACAGCAACUUCACUCAUGAAGUGCUGGUUGGGCUCAAUGUUGAAAAGAACUGCACACCACCUGGUGUACAUGAGUUCCCUGAUGAUAUCUUCACCAAUCAGGAGCGAAUGGAUGGGGCUGUAGCCUUGCAUGUUCUGUGUGCCAUGUAUAUGUUUUACGCACUGGCACUGGUGUGUGAUGACUACUUUGUGCCCUCUCUGGAGAAGAUCUGUGAGCGCCUCCAUCUCAGUGAGGAUGUAGCAGGAGCCACGUUCAUGGCAGCAGGAAGUUCAGCUCCUGAACUCUUCACCUCAGUCAUAGGUGUAUUUAUCACUAAAGGAGAUGUGGGAGUGGGCACAAUCGUGGGUUCUGCUGUCUUCAAUAUCCUCUGCAUCAUCGGAGUGUGUGGAAUCUUUACUGCACAGGCAGUACGGCUCUCAUGUUGGACGUUAAUGCGAGACUCAACAUACUACACUAUCUCAGUGACCACUCUGAUCGUGUUCAUCUAUGAUGAGAAGGUGACAUGGUGGGAGUCACUCAUCCUAAUAGUACUGUACAUGUUUUACAUUAUAUUAAUGAAAUUUAACUCACGGGUGGUUCAUUACAUCGAGCGGCGGAAAAAGAACUCAACAAAUCUGGGUAAUGGCACAGCCAGUAACACAGACAUCGACGAUGGGUGCGAUGCCACUGUCGUGCUUCUUAAGAAAGCAAAUUUCCACAGGAAGCCAUCAGUGCUGAUGGUGGAUGAACUCUUGUCUGCAUACCCUCAUCAGCUGUCCUUCUCUGAGGCCGGAAUGAGAAUCAUGAUCACCAGCCACUUCUCCCCUCGCACACGCCUCACAAUGGCCUCCAGAAUGCUUAUUACAGAGAGGCAGCGUCUGAUCAACAGUCGUUUCAGUAACGGGGAUUCAGAGGUGACUGUAAAGAUCCCAGGAAAGCGUGGGGUGGAGAAUGGGCUGGCAGGAGCGGACCGAGGCCUGAAUGGGCGAAAGACAGGUCACCAUGAUGACGACAGGGGAGGAGCUGAAGCCGGCACUGACACCGAAAAUGAGAAUGAGGACAAUGAAAACAAUGAGAACGAUGAGGAGGAAGAGGAGGAAGAUGAAAAUGAAGGACCCUAUGUACCAUACCGCUGCCCCGGUGGGGGCUUUAAUAAGGUAAAGUGGCUGCUGGCCUGGCCACUGAGUCUGCUGCUGUUCCUCACCGUGCCCAACUGUUCCAAGCCUCGCUGGGAGCGCUGGUAUAUGGUCUCGUUCAUCUCCUCCACCCUCUGGAUUGCUUUCUUCUCUUACAUCAUGGUUUGGAUGGUCACAGUGAUCGGUUACACUAUGGGCAUCCCUGAUGUCAUCAUGGGCAUCACUUUCUUGGCUGCUGGGACCAGCGUUCCUGACUGUUUGGCCAGUUUAAUUGUCGCACGGCAAGGAAUGGGUGACAUGGCUGUGUCUAACUCCAUUGGUAGUAAUGUGUUUGAUAUCCUGAUUGGGCUUGGUCUGCCCUGGGCCAUCCAGACUUUGGCCAUCGACUAUGGCUCCACAAUUCACCUGAACAGUAAAGGCCUGAUUUUCUCAGUUGGGCUGCUUCUAGCAUCUGUGUUUCUCACGGUUCUCGGUGUGCAUUUGAACAAGUGGAAGCUGGACAAGCGUUUGGGUUUCAUUUGUUUACUGAUGUACGCUGUCUUCCUGUGUUUCUCCAUCCUCAUAGAGUUUAACAUAUUCACCUUCGUCAAUCUGCCCACCUGCCGCGAGGAAUGAGACAGUUCUUUUUCCCGGCACUCCCUCCUUGACCUUGUGAGGACAAUGGCACAAGUCCUCGAAUCAGAGGCAGACCGGCUCUCGUUCUGAAGGAAUAUUUAUUUAUUGAUCUAGCUGAUCCUUUAUCGAUCCUCUAUUUUUCUUUCCAAUGGGUGCAAUAUUGACAGAGUCUGGAUCUGUGGUGUUACAAGUGGAGAGAGAGGAUGUGUGUAAAGAAUGGUCCUGUUGACUGAUGUAUAGACUGUUCUAACGUCACAGGAACGUGGGAAAUGAAGACUACUGCCUGGUUUGAUGUGAAUACUUUUGUUGUUGUUUUUCAAAAUAUUUUGCAUAUUACAUAUAUAAAUAAUAUGAUGUAAAUAUAUUUUAUGAUGGUAUUUGUUUUAUUAGCUGCUAAUUUACUGAAGAAGAGGCUGGACUUAUUAAUGUCUGUAAAAAUUUAGAUUUAUGAGGGUUCGUUAUUUUGCUGAAAGGUACUGGUGACCUCUAGGAAAUACUUGUAUUCAGUCCUCUUUUUAAUUUGGGCAUUACCUAGUCGUCACCUUCAUAUUACAAGAACGAUCAGGAUGUCAGGGACAUUCGUGUCUACAUUUUUCAGAUGAGAAUGUUUACGGUGCAGAGGAGGUAAUAAAACCGAAAGGUUUAA